ACGCGAAGGUGGUGGCACCAUUACUAUUGGUUGUGGACAGUGCACCUUGAAUUUGCCGUUUGGUUUUUACAUCGAAUGAAGGCAGAUUGAAGGCGAAAAUGACUGAGCCUACCGUAGCUGACACUCGCCGAUUAAAUUCAAAACCUCAGGAGCUCACAGAUGCUUAUGGUCCACCGAGUAAUUUUCUUGAAAUCGAUGUGUACGACCCACAGACAAUUGGGGUUGGCCGGAGCCGUUUCACCACGUACGAAGUGCGAAUGCGGACGAACCUUCCCAUCUUUAAGCUGAAGGAGUCAUGUGUGCGGAGAAGGUACAGCGACUUUGAGUGGCUAAAGAACGAGCUGGAGAGAGACAGUAAGAUUGUGGUGCCCACUCUGCCUGGCAAAGCCCUGAAGAGACAGCUGCCGUUCCGGGCAGAUGAGGGCAUCUUCGAGGAGUCCUUUAUUGAGGAGCGGAGGGCAGGCCUGGAACAGUUCAUCAACAGGAUUGCUGGCCAUCCCCUGGCCCAGAAUGAGCGCUGUUUGCACAUGUUCCUGCAGGAGGAGAGCAUUGACCGUAACUACAUCCCUGGAAAACCCCAGUGAUGCCGGGACGUGGAGCGCUCUCUCCCCCUCCCCCCCCCAGCCUGGCUGCAGGUUUUAUUGUCUGACCACGAUAAAGCCAAGCGGCCUCAACCACAGGUGACCACACCAGCUGCACCCAGCUCUCUCUCUGUCUCUCUCUGUCUCUUUUUCUGUAUGUAAAUAAUAUGUACAUAUAUAUCUAUAUAUCUGGGGACACUGCGGAAGAUUGCAUGUGCCACAUCAGCAGGCCUGUGGAUACGCAAGGUCUUGCUGGGGGAAAAGGUGCAUUGUUGAUUCUUGCCGACGUCGUUUUGGGGUU